ACAAAUAAUCCCAUGAGAGAGGCGUGAAUAUUCAAUAUUCCAAUUAACACAGAGGGGCUUCAUCCUGUCACCUGUGCCAUACACAGAAGAUGUCGACUGCUCCUGCAGGCUGACUGUCCCCCUCGUCGUGAGUGGCGGCUCUUCUGUGUGGCACCAGGCGCUUUUAUAAGACUUAUUUAUUAUAGCCAUCGCCAGCUGCACACAAUAAGUGGUGUAAACAACCCUGUCAAGUGCACACAAUAAGCGGUGUGAAUGCUGAAUGAGAUUUUUUUCUUGUUUUUCCUUUCUUUAAUGACCUUGUGUAAUUCUUUCGUGCUUUCUUGGUGUGCUGAAAGUGCAGCCUACUUAAUUAGACAGGAGGGCGGCAGGAAAGUAGAGAGAGAGAGAAAAAAUGUUGCACGCUAGAAUUCUUUCCAAUCUUUCUCGGCCAAAUGUUACUGUGAAUACAAUAUAAUACAAAGUUUUACUUUAGAAUUCUUUAGAACGCUGAAAUGUCACAAAGAUUUUUUUAACAAAUUAUUUUGCUUCCACUUCUAACGCCCUUGCAAUGACGAUAAUAUUAACGACAUGCCACAUGAAUAUAGAAAGAUAAGAGAUAGCUUUACUGUUAUUAGUAAUUAGCAUAACUGUCAUUAGUAAAUUAAGAACACAUGUGAAUGUGAAUAUAAUUGUCACCAGCAAAGGAUGUGUUCGUAUUUACUACAUGAUAAACAACAGCAACUGGCUUACACAGCUCCGUUACUCUGGGAAUUGUUUUAGAGUCUGUAUCGCAUGCGAUGUUUUAUUGUUUUGUGUCAUGGUAAAUAUGUUCAGAGAAACUUGUCCUAGCGAACGUGUUCAGAGAAAGUGUUUUGGUUUGGUGUCUGGACGGGUUCUGAAAACCUUUCCUCUACAAUCUACAUCUUGAUGUGCUCUGAAAACCUGUUUGCGGUGUUCUGGCAUGUUCUGAGAGUAUAUUCUUGGUUCCUGAUUUGAUUUCAGAACCUUGUAUUUUGGAACGCAUUCUAAGACCCCAUUUUUUCUGUUAUGGUUGUGGUUUUGACAUUCAGCAGAAAGCACUGGAUUAAACAUGUCACAGAACAUUGCACUGGCGCACGAGGACAGCACGAAGACCAGCAACACUCACGAAGGAAAGAUCGAAGGAAAAACGAACAUUGCAUGCCGGCCUGCUUCCCUCGUCUUGUCGAUCGCUCGCUAGCAUCUCGAGCUUGAGUGAGAGGCCACUCACAAACUGUCGUGCCAUACCCUGCACGUGCCGUAGCAUUACGUGACGGGAAUUCAACGUGAAAUUGUGACAAGAGAAAAUCAAUCGUGAAGACGCCCUCGGCAAGGUUGAGACAUCUGCUCUGACACAAGCACGGCCCAACCAUGAGCUGGACACCGCGGUCCUACAGACAUCCCGGCUCCAUGACUCCACUGCACCACACGCCGCGGGACCACCCCCACAUGACGUCAUUCGAGGUCAAGAUGAUGGAGCUGGAGAGGCUGAAGAAAGAGAUCUCUCGCCACAUGUGUCGCCUCAACAGCGUCCGCAUCCAAUAUACCGACUGGUUCGAGAAACGACGCCAGAGUUUUAUUGACUCCAUUAAGUUGCUGCAGAUUACCUACCCGGAGGUCGUGCCACCCCAGCACAACACAGUGGCUCUCUUCCGCCGGAUGUACGAGACGGCGCAGGUCCUGCCUAAAAGAGGACUUCCUGUGGACAGGAGCGCAGAGCGACUGGCCGAGCUGGAGCACUUUAUAGACGCCGUGGGCGGCCUCAAGAAGGACCACGACCUGCUGUAUGAGAAGAUUUGUACCUACUGCUGCAGUAUCACAUUGCUACGGGACCCGUAUCUAAAGGACACUAUUGACGAUUACCAGAAGACCCUCAACAUAGCUUUCCAGGAAGAUUUUGACUUUGACCAGGUGCACAAUGAGAAGGACAACCUGUUCACGUACAAACUCGCACAGCAAGACCAUACAUUCCACGGACUCCUGGCUUACGUUCCCUAUGUUUUGAAGGUAGCUGUAGACAUGUGCUACUGGUCGUGCCAACUGUACUUGGAAAAAGAAUGAGCUCCCGAAGUCUACGCCAGCAAUUGCCCGCUGACCUGCAGCUUAAACAGUUUCUUACCGGGCUUUCCAAAAGUGUAUAUAUUUUUUUUGUCGCUUUUGACAAUCAGGGAAAAAUAAUUCAUUUGGCAAAAAAAGAAAAAAAAGGUCAGUCAACUAGGUCACCACAAAGAACGUGCUAACCUCCUCGCCCACCCUACAUUUUCUGGAAUUUACACAUGAGAGAGAACAAGUUGAAUAUUAACUUUUCAUACCUUAACUUGACUUUGCUGCUUGAAAUCAAGAAUGUACUGCACGUCACGGCAAAAAUGAGUGAUGUUGGAAAUUAGUUCAUCACUGUUGUUGGUUUCCUUUUAACAUGCAUGUUGCCAGACGCAUAAAAAUGAUGUCUAUUUUCACGUACAAACCCACGGCUUAUUCCUUCUUUAUUAGUUCACAUUUUUGUCUGAUUUUUAUUGUUAAUUUCAUGGGUUCAUAGUACCUAGACAAUAAAGGGACAGUACUCUUC